CAGGGCUGAUCAGCUGCGAGUGGGAGGGGAGGUGGCCUCGCGGCAGGAAGUCCCGCCCCUGAAGCGGAAGGCGCGGGCCAUGGCGGCUCGUUGGUGGCGGUGGGCCCGGGCUCUGCACCUUGCGGUGCGGCCUUUUCCCACACCCCAGCUCCUGCACGAUGCGGCCCCGUCACGGGACGUGCUGCUCUUUGAGCAUGAACGAGGCCGCUUCUUCGCCGUCCUCGGGCUGUUCUGUGCAGGCCAGGGCGUCUUCUGGUCCUCCCUGGCCGUGGCAGCUUUGUCCCGAGCGCCGGCGCAGUCUCAGGACGCGGAGGCCUCAGACCGUAGCCAUUUCGACCUGCGCUCGGUGCUCUGGCGCUACGUGUUGGCUGUGGGCUGCGGCACCAUCGGAACCCUGAUACUUGGUGCUGCUCUUCUCUUCUCCCUCCGAUCUGUGCGUUCAGUGAUGCUUCGGGCUGGAGGGCAGCAUGUGACCCUCACCACUCAUGCCCCCUUUGGCUUGGGGGCUCAUUUUACUGUUCCCUUGAACCAAGUAUCCUGCAUGGCCCACCGGGGUGAAGUCCCUGCCAUGUUGCCUCUGAAGAUCAAAGGCCGGCGCUUCUACUUCCUCUUGGACAAAGCUGGACACUUCCCUAACACUCAACUCUUUGACAACACUGUGGGUGCCUACCGGAACUUGUGAAGAAACAACUUUGGGUCACUCGCUCCUCCCAAAAGGAGAUAAUCACUGAGCCUUAGGGAUGGGGUGACAACCAGGAUCACACAAGGUGGCCCAAGAUUGAUUAACAGCAAAUAAAGGCGCAGUCAUCCCACGGCUAGCUGCCUGACAGUACCUUUAA